UAGAAACAAAGGCCCGAAAAUAAUAAAGAGAAGAUAAAAAGAACACUCGAACCCUAACCCUCGAUUACAAUUUACAACUCUCUCUAGAUUCAUCCAAAAUCCAGCCUUCCUUUUCAAAAGAAAUUGACGAAUUAUCCCACAAUUUUCGACUUUCCAUUAUCAAAUUCCCUUCUCCGAAUUUAAAGACCAGAGAAAGAGCUAAAGAAAAGAAUUUCUAGCAAAUUUAAACAUCGCCAGAAAUCUUGAUCUUCCAUAAUCUUAAAGUGUGAGUGAAUGGGGAGCAAAGGUCGAAUACCACCUCAUCAUAUGAGGCACCCACUUCAUGGCCCAGGUUUGUUGCAUCCGGAGCCAUUUGGAGGGGGGAUGCGCCCGCCACAUGGGGGUUUCCCUCCUGUUGACAUGUUGCCUCCACCGGAGAUUAUGGAGCAGAAGCUUGCGACUCAACACGUGGAGAUGGAGCGGCUGGCAACGGAGAACCAAAGACUUGCUGCCACUCAUGGGUCAUUGAGACAACAGCUUGCCGCUGCACAGCAGGAACUCCAAAUGUUGGAUUCGCAAAUUCGAACUUCAAAGUCAGAGAGAGAGCAACAGAUGAGGGCUCUUAUGGAAAGAAUUUCCAAGAUGGAAGCUGAUUUGCAGGCAGCGGAUCGCCUUAAAGUGGAACUGCAACAGGCAAGGACAGAGGCGCAGAGCUUGGUUGAAGUGAGGCAAGAGCUUAUUUCCAAAGUGCAGAAACUAAAUAUUGAGCUUCAGAGGGCCCAUGUAGACGUGCAGCAAAUACCUACGAUGAUGUCUGAACUCAAUCACCUUAGACAAGAGUUUCAUCAGUACAAGGCCACUUAUGAACAUGAAAGAAAGGUUUACCGUGACCAUCUUGAAUCGCUUCAAGGAAUGGAUAAGGAGUAUAGGAGCAUGGCUGAUGAGGUGACAAAACUACGUGCCGAGCUGAGUAAUACUGCAAAUGUUGAUAAAAGACCUGCUUAUGGUAAUGCUGCUGGAUAUGGUGAUGCGGAUGCCUCUGCUCACAAUCCUUCAGUGCAAAAUUCUUAUGAAGAUGGCUAUGGAGUGCCGCAGGCACAGCACACAUUUCCGACCAGUGGUGUUGCUGCUACUGCCUCUGCUGCUGCUGCAGGUGGGGGUGUGGUAGCCAGCAGUGGUGGCACACCAACUUAUGCUGCUCCUCAAACUGGGGCAGCCUAUGCAAGAGCAGGCUAUGAUGCAUCAAGGAACCCUGGUUAUGAAGCACAACGAGGACCGACCUAUGACUCGCAGGGUGGUCAAGUCUACAAUGCUCAGAGAGCACCAGGUUAUGAUGCGUAUAGAGGAGUUAAUUAUGACAUGCAAAGGCCUCCUUAUGAUCCGCAAAGAGCAGGCUAUGAUAUGUCUCGGGUCAAUGCAUAUGAUGCACAUUCUAGGGGUCCAGCAGCUCCUCCUCCUCCUCCUCCAACUCAGGGUCAAGCACCUGUGAACAACAUGCCAUAUGGUUCUGCAGCGCCACCACCUGGUGGUCGGACUGCAACAGGACAUGAAACACAGCCUCGAGGUGGCAAUGCUGCUCGUAGGUAAGAGAUAUCACCAGAAGGUCUUUCGGAUUUCCUUUCACUAUAGAUGUCUUGAUCCUAUGAAGAUUUUACCGGUAUGGUUUCGAACAACUAGGGUUAGUUGGUUUCACCAUUUGAAUGGGUCAAUGCAGAAAAUUUUGAGUGGAAAAAGAGAGACUUGAACAGCAGAGAAGGUAGACAUUUUUUAGGGUUGUGAAAUUAUCCUGUUGUGGAAUCGCUGAAUCUUUGUUUGGCAUUGGACCUUUGUAAGAUCAUUUAUCUGCCAAAAAUGUGGUGUAGCGCUGCUGCUCGCUUUUUCCUCUCC